AUGGCGCACGCACAGUUGACCGUUUUUGCUAAAAUGUUUGGCAAGAAUGAGGAACUCCUCAAUGUUCAGCCCGAAAGGCGUGGAGACAACCUACGGUGCUUCUUCGACACNNNNACUUGCGCUUUGCAAAGGACCCCCGGAUACUAUGGGGCUUGCGAGUUGCAGAUGACCCCGACAAUGGGUAUGGGAGUCUUCCCUGACAGUUACCUCAGUUGA